AUGUGGUUCGUACGGGGUAAGGGUUUCAUGGAAGGGACGACCACCACCACUGGGAAAUUGCCAGAAGGGCCGUUGGAUCCAGAUCUUGGAGACGACAUCGGAGAUGGUGCGAAUGAAAUUACUUCGAUUGGACAAAGAAGGAAUUACUCGCAGAGCUCUUCCAAGAGAAAACGGGUGUGGUCGGAUCCACAAUGUCGGAUCCACAAUUCGUAAUAUCCUUUUAGGCUUCUAUCACA